GUAGCAAUUUUCAAGGUUGACUAUGUUCAUUUUGUGCGAGCCCGUCGCUUUUUCCUUUCACUCUGCAUGGAGUUUGAAAGAAAUUCACAGUUAUUUAAUCCAUCUUAAGAACUGUUGGAAAGUGGUUUAUAUUUCCCCUUAAGGUGCACACUUGGCUUUGAUAAUGCUUCAACUGAGCCCUGUUCACAACUUGAACACUUUUUUCCGACUUGGUAUCCAUUGUCUGGUUCAAGCUAUCAACAGAGUUCAUGUGUUUGGAGAGAAAUUCAUCAGUGAGGUAGCUGUUGUGGCAACAACAAAAUGGAAGCUGAUCUUGUUCAUUGUUACAAUAAUGUACAUUUUCUUCAAAGUACUGCAAAAGACACGUGAGGAGCUCAAGGCUACUGAGGAAGUAAUUCUUAUCACAAGAUUAUUUCAAAUGAUCAAGAACACGCAAAGGCCUGGAGUUACUACAGAUAUUAUAUCACUCAUAGAAAAGCACAAGAUUGAUGUGAACAGGAAACACCCUAAAUCAGAGUCUGGCCUAACUUUGUUUUUGUGUGCCUGUUUGAGUGGGGACAAUUGCCUUAUUUUAUACAUGUUGAAUAAAGGAGCUGAUAUAAAUUCAAAUACUUCAUGCAAGGAUAGUGCCCUUCAUCUCGCUAGCUUUUUUUGUGGCACACAGAAGGUCUCAAACUGUCUUGGAGUUAUAACCUCCUUGUUUGAAGCAGGGUGCGACAUAAAUUCUCAAAACUGGGUUGGUAAUACUCCUCUGACUAUUGCUGCAUCCUCCGGGAAUUGUAACCUCGUGCAACACCUGAUAUCUCUAGGUGCAGAUAAGAGUCUUUGUACAAACGACGGAAUCUACCCCAUGGACUUUGCAAUAAAUAGUGGUCAUCUUGAUGCAGCAAAUUUGCUGGCUAUUGCCGUUCCAAAUCCUCAUGUUUGGGACAUCGUUGAACCCCAUACUCCCCCAAGAGUUAAACUUGGUCUUCAGAGUCCUUGCAGGCAGCAUCUGGUGAAUUCUUCAUUUCGAAGGAGUCGCAUGGACUUCACUAAGAAGCAACAACAUACUGCACCAAGUAUGAUACGUUGUUAAAACUGUAGUGAGAGGUUAUCCUACAUUGUUGCAUCACUCUUAGAUCCUCCUACACUAAUC